ACACCAGCCGACCACAGCCAACACAGACUCAAGAUGCCUUUCAAGCCUCACUACCUGUUGGUGUCCCUGACUCUCUGCUGGUUCGUGGCUCUUCAAGCAUUCCCCAUGAACGGCUGUGCUGCAUGUCAGAAGUGUCGCUGCAUCCGGACGUCCUCUGCUUUCAUCUCUCCUAGGCUGUUCCACAGGAUAGAGAUCCUACCUCCAGGUGCCCACUGUCGUCAAACAGAGAUCAUCGUUACCAAGAAGGACAAAGCCACCGUCUGUGUGACUCCAGAUGCAAGAUGGAUCAACAAAGUCAUUGUCAAGUUACAAAGUACCAACAAGAAGAAGAGAAGUGCAGAACUUCCCAUCUCAACCACCAUUGAGUGAAUUGGAACAGGAAUGUAUCAAGUUGGAGCUAAAUGGACAUGUGAUACCAAUGUGAUGCCAAUGUGAUGCCAAUGUGAUGCCAAUGUGAUACCAAUGGAUUCUAUUCAAAUAUGAUUCCAAUACCAAGUUAAUUAGUUUAUCUUAAAUUAUCUAAGUAUGAUUUGUUAGGUUCUUAUUAUUCAGAGUAAAUAAUCCACGGACACUAGAGAAGCUUUAACCAAGUUGAAUUCUUCCCAGAGGUUCUGUACAGCUGUAAUUCAGACAACCCAACAUUUGUCCCAUCCAGAUAUUUAUAUCCCAAUUAUUAAGACCCUCCUCCUUCUCUUCAAUCCUUUCAUUUUAUGGUUCUACAGGAAGAGAGAAAAAAGGGAAACAGGAAACCAAACCUUUAUUACUCCCUUCAGGUGACCUGUCCUCACCUCCUGACCUCAACCCCUCCUUCAUCUAAUCCACAGAUGUCCAUCUGUCUCCCCUGUAUCAACACAUCGCUGUCCUCACCUCCUGACCUCAACCCCUCCUUCACCUAAUCCACAGAUGUCCAUCUGUCUCCCCUGUUUCACACUUUGCUCUCCUCUCGUCCCCCAACACAUUCCACAGCUAUCUGUCUUUCUACAGAGACCCAGUCUCUUUUACUCCUUAAUAUACUAUGUGUCUAAUCUGUCAUGUCUUUAAUAUCUCAAUGUUCAAACUGUCGAAUCCAACAAGUCCCUCGUCUUGAACAACAGCAUCCUAAUGUUCAAUUCAUAUAAACUUGGAAAUUACUAAUAAAUGUAUAAACAAUGAUAAUAAAACAUGAAUAAAAACUAACAAAUGAUUAGAAAACAUGAAUUAAACAAACACAUGAACAAACAACGAACAGACAGUCACCGUGAGGUGUACAGAUUCAGAGACUUAUGGCCUCUGAAUGUUGAUCACACAACAAAAUGCCAUUCCAGCUGAAUCUGCUGUCUCCUUCAAUGGCAGCUGGAGCAGCUUUUAGUCUCUCCACUUUCCCCUUCUGGUUCCUAAGAGAGUGAUAGCACAAGACUUGGAAAGCAACAAAAAGAAAUAAAACAUAACAGUAUUAACAAUGUGAUAAGCGAUGCAUAAUUAUAUAUGCAUAAAAACCAAAGUCUGAGACCAUGACAAGUCCCACUCUCUCUUCACCUGACUCUAUGCCUCCAGGAUACUUUCCUGCCAGACUAUAAAGCUUCCUCAUGCUUACGCCCAGUCUUCCCCUUUAGGCCCCAGGUUCCGAGAGGUGUUCCCCAGUCUUCCCCUUUAGGCCCCAGGUUCCGAGAGGUGUUCCCCAGUCUUCCCCUUUAGGACCCAGGUUCCAAGAGGUGUUCCCCAGUCUUCCCCUUUAGGACCCAGGUUCCGAGAGGUGUUCCCAAGUCUUGUCACUUUCUCUCAUCUCCUCCAUUUCACCUGAUUGGCACGUCACCUGAUAUGCAAGGGCGUUGUCACGCCCUGGUCAAAGUAUUUUGUGUUUAUCUUUAUGUAUUUGGUCAGGCCAGGGUGUGGCAUGGGGUUUUUGUAAUUGUGGUGUGUUUAU